GUCUCUCUCUCUCUCCCUCACACUGUCUAUCCCCCUUGUGUGUCUGUGUGUCUGUCUGUCUCAACCCAGGUGUCCGGGUCAAAGGGAAGCCAGUGCUGGGAAUCAUUUUGGCAAAAAAGCAAGCUGGGUCAUUGAAGGAACUCUGCUUAGCAUGGAGCUACACUAACAGACGUCCCCACAGAGAGACAGGAGAGAGGCACACACAGAGAGGGAGCGACAAUACCGCACAAUGGUGGCUGAGGAAAUCGUGAUUACCCUCUCUGGGGGUGCGCCAUGGGGAUUUCGACUUCAGGGGGGUGCCGAGCACAAGAAACCCCUACAAGUGGCUAAGGUGCGGCGGCGCAGCAAGGCGUGCCGGGCGGGGCUGCGGGAGGCUGACGAGCUGCUGUCCAUCAACGAGACGUCGUGCGGAGAGCUGUCCCACGCACAGGCCAUGAACCUGAUUGAUGGGGGUCCCGGAAUACUGCACAUACGCGUGAAGAGGUCACCGUCGGCGUUCCAGUCCAUGGUCCUGCUGGGGCGAACCCCCUCCCCCCGAAUCGACAAGGAGUACCGCUCCGCCCUGAGAGCCCCGAUGUCCCCCCCGGGAGGGGAUGAGCCGCUGCCUCCGCGGCGGGAGCGGGUGAUGUCCCCGCCCGACAGCGAGGCGUACUACGGUGAGACGGACAGCGACGCCGAUACGGUGUAUGAACGGCAGCGGCGGCAGAAACGCCGCAGCCCUAGCGGCUCGCCCGCCAAGAUGCCCGGGCGCGAGGAGUCCCCCGAGGAGGAGACCUCAGAGAUGAGCGGGUAUGAGAGCGCCCCCGAUGCCCGGCCCUACCCCAUCGCCCCGGCGAUGAUGGGAGGCGGGGGGGUCCAGCAGGACGUCCGGCCGGGCGUGGCCCGCAGGGAGGUGGUCUACCAGCCGCCCCGGCUCGAGAACUCGCCUGAAAACUCGCCCGAGAACUCCUCCGGCAGCACGGGGGACCACAGCCCUGUGGACGGGCAGGGCUCCAACGAGGUGGACAGCGGCUUCCAGGAGCCCCCCAGCCUGCCCCCGCUGGUGUCUCCCGAUCGGGCCAAGGAGGCGCUCCUGCUGCCCUCCCGCAGGCAGCUGGUUCCCAUGGUGGGGCCCGUGGACAAUCCGGUGGACGAGGAGCUGACCGUCACCUACAAGGACAAAGCAAGGCAAGCCAAGCUCCACCGCAGCGAGAGCGGGCAGGACCGGCAGGUGAAGGAGGCGCGCUCCAAGUGCCGCAGCAUCGCCGCCCUGCUGACCGACGCACCCAACCCCCACUCCAAGGGCGUGCUCAUGUUCAAGAAGCGCCGCCAGAGGGCCAAAAAGUACACCCUGACGUGCUUCGGCAGCGUGGAGGGAGACCCCCAGCAGAAUGGCAGCCCCGGGGGGGAGGAAGAGGAAGAGGAGGAAGGAGUCUUCCCCGGCAGCGAGUCUGAGCUGGACGAGGACGGCUUCACCUCGGCCCCCGAGUCCGCCUGGGACAGCGACUACCUGGACAUCCUGGAGAGGAAGACGCCCACCUCAGCGCCGGCGGGGUUCGGGGACGGGGGGAGCCCGGGCCUGAACGAGACCUCGGGGAGGGGCGCCCAGCUGUUCGAGCAGCAGAGAAAAAGGGCAGAGGAGCACGCCGAGAGGGCGGGGGUCGCCGCGUGGCCCGCCCUGCAGUCACAGCAGGUGGAGACGCCCCCAAAACAGGACCCUGUGUCCAUCCCCCCGAUGACACCCCACCGGCCCGUCACGCCUGUGAGUUACAACAUGAUGAACGGGGAGUCCGCUGUCGUUAGCCGAGCCAGCAUUGUGAUGUCACCACCGGGCGUGGCCCUGGCGCCAACGGGCCCAGCGGCGCCACCCGCUGGCUCUGUGCUGAACAGAACCGCCCAGCCCUUUGGCGCGGGGCCCAUUUUGCACCGAGCCGCCACCACGCCCGUGGUCUUCCGGCCCAACAUCACCAAGAAGACCCCCCCACAGCCCGCGGUGACCACGGCGACUGCCCCUCCCUCGGAGGUGAAGCGGGCCGUCUCCACAACCUCCCUCUACAUCCCGCCCAGGCCUGCCACCAGGAGUGGCCCGACCUCUGUGUUUUCUCCUCCAUCCUCAGUGGCCGCUGCUCCAUUCUGUCCGCCUCCCGCACCUGCUACACCCUUCUCUCCUACUUAUGCGCCAACCACGCCCUUCUCGGCUCCUGCCACGCCCUUCUCACCCACUUCUGCUCCAGUGGCUCCCUACUCUUCCCCUGCUAUGCCCCGCAUGUCUUCCCAGCCUCCCACACCAGCUACAUCCUUCCCUCCCCCACCUCAUCCUGCCAUGCCCUUCUCCCAGCCUCCCACCCCCAGUACCCCCUUCCCUCCCCCUCCACCACCAGCCACACCCUUCUCAGCCCCUCCCACACCCGGUACCCCCUUCCCUCCCCCUCCACCACCAGCCACGCCCUUCUCAGCCCCUCCCACCCCGGCGCCCAAGGUGUCCUUCAGCCCGUAUGUCACAGUGGCCAGCACCCCCUCUCCACCCGCCCCAGCCACACCCACUCCCUCCGCCCCGCAGUACCCCGCCGUGACUCCCGCUGAGCCCCUGGCCUCCCGCGAGCAGCGUAUCGCCGUGCCCGCUGCCCGUACCGGCAUCCUGCAAGACGCCCGUCGCCGCGGCGCCCGCAAGCCCAUGUUCAGCCGGCCCGAGGAGAAGAAGGGCACCUCCCCGAACCCCGAGCUGCUGUCACUGGUGCAGAACCUGGACGAGAGGCCCAGGGCGGAGGCCGGGUUUGAGUCAGGCCCUGAAGAGGAUUCCCUCAACCUGGGCGCUGAGGCCUGCAACUUCAUGCAGGCCCAGAGGAGCAGGCCUCCCCCGCCUGUGGCGCCUAAGCCCCACGCCGCCCCAGAGGGGCCCCAGAUACCCCAGAUGGGAGGUAAAGGGGCCGAGCUCUUCGCUCGGAGGCAGAGCCGGAUGGACAGGUAUGUGGUGGACAGAGCAGCGCCGCCCACGCAGCCGCCGCCCCCCAGCCAGCCCCGGCAGCCCUCACCUACGCCCUCCCUCCCCGCACACUGGAAAUAUUCCCCCAACAUCCGUGCGCCUCCCCCCAUCGGCUACAAUCCGCUGCUGUCCCCCUCCUGCCCACCGGGGGCACAGCGCGGCACCAGGGCAUCCGAGGCCUCCGGGGCAAAGAAGAAUGGGGCGCAGAAGCAGGCGGCAAGGGCCGUGGAUGUGAUGAGCCGGCAGCCGUACCAGCUCAACUCCGCCAUGUUCAGCUACGGGGGCAGCCAACCGCAGAGCAGCUCUCUGACCCCUCCCAGGCAGAUCCCCGUCAAGGCUGCCCGUGUCUACAACAUCAAGCGCUUCUCCACGCCCACGCCCAUGUCGGCCCCCUCGUGCCUGACCCCCUCCGUCAUCGCGCCGCGGUCCGCCACCACGCUGGGGGAGCCGUUCUGGCGUUCUGACAUCACCUCCCCUCCCCCCACCCCCCUCUCCCCGCCCCCGGCACCAGCCCCAGCCGGGGGUCUCCCAGAGCUGCCCAAGAUUUACUCCGCCCCGAUCCCCAACCCCGUCACUGUCCCCCCUUCCCCCUUCCAAGCGCAGCCCCCUGGCUAUGCCCCUCUCCAGAGCACCAAGCAGUUUAAGAGUGCCCCGGAGCUGAGCCCCCUGUCGCAAACGCCGCUGCGCUCGUCCGUCUCCGGGAGCUCCCCCGCCAUUCGGGUGCCCCGCCCGCGCUUCAGUGCCUCCAGCAUGGGCAUCCAGGCCAAUGUAUGGAGACCCGGCGGCCUGCACUGCUGAGGAGCCGCAGCCUGCCACAGCCUGCCACACCCGGCCACGCCCAGCCAAGCCCAGCCACGCCCAGUCACGCCCAGUCACGCCCUGUCCUGCCCAAUGCUGCCCCACCCCGAGGCACACCCUCCUCCACCCCUGAGCUUCCAUGAGCCACAGUUUCCCUCUGUUUCCCCAACGUCUGUGCUGAACAUUUGUAGAGAGGAAUCAUAAUUCUGACUAAUGAUGUUCCAUUAUUGACUACAGAAUCACCUUGUCAUAAAAAUAAUAGUGAGAAGUUGAGAUUUCAUCCAAAUUACCCAAAUAUGAUAUAAGGCCUUAUUUUCCUUGAAGGAAUAACAUAAUUUCAACUAAAUAUAACUGAAUAUAUAGUUGUCUUUUUUAUAUUUUAUUCUAUCCUUUAAGAACAAAUAACAAUACAUUUAGAGUUUACUUAGCUAUUUUACAUAUCUGGUACCAUUUUAAGUAGUUAUUGAAAUCUCACACAGCAUUUGAAAUGUAACUGAAAUGCAGUUUGCAGGCUCUAGGGUAUGGCUAGUGUCUCAGUUUAGCCUUUAUCUAAGUGACUAUUAGAUGGCUUCUCUGUGUUUAGAGUUCUCUGUUGUUACCUCUGUUGAAAAACAUGUGUGUUCAAACACAAACGUUUAUGUGCAACACUUGAUAGUUUGUGACAGCCAAUCAGCAUCUUACUGAGUUCAAAGGUCAGACUCAACUCAGGAGAGAUGAAUGAGAGGUGUAGUGUCACAGUGCCUACUACCACACAAGGUCUAUCAGAAACAGCCCAGACAGGGGACCACAAAGAACUCAAAACUCAUUUCAGGCUUGAAUGUUGAGACAUAAAUUAUUAGCAAAUAUGUUUUAACCUGGCAUGGUCACAUUGAUGUUCCUGGGAAACUACAGCUGGGACUUUUUGGGGAGCAGAUAGUGACAGAAUCUGUGCCAUGACAGACUGCUGUUCUUUGGUGCUGGGCAAGCUUGAAUGGUAUGGAAUGGCGAAAUCUGAAGAGCACAGGCUUGUGCAGGUGGGCAAGUGGUGACCUUUGAACUCUCAGCGCAUUUCCUCUUGGGAAUGGACACGUUGUGAGCAAGAGUUGAUCGCAGGGGGGUGGGGAGGGGUGCUGCAGAUCAGCAUGAUCUCAGGCUUGCAAGAUUGCCACUGAGGAAAACAUUGCCGAGAGCAUGCUGGGACACUUGCUAUCUGACGCUAAUGAAAACCUGGACCACAAGAAGCCCCGUCCUACAGGGUCAGCAGACAGAACACGGUGGGACCGGAACAUGGUGUCACUGUGGUGCGAGUGGACUGAGAGAAGUAGGUGGGGUGGGGAGUGGGGGGCGGUGUCAUGGGUGACAUCUUCUGCUCACAUUGGGCUCUAACCAAUCAGGAUGUGGGAGUUCAGCCAGUAUUGGCCUGAUUGAGUCACCAUUCGGGGCCCCACGCUCUCACAUGCUGUUACACCUGGUGUGAGACUCCCUUCUGGAUGCUGAAGGAAGUGGGGGUGACUGAGGUUCAAGUGUGUGUCUAUGUUUCUCCACUGACUUUUUUAUUUUAUACAAAUUAGAUUUAACUAACGCUAGAAUACAGUACUAAGACUCAUGUAAAACAUAGGGCAGAAUGCUCUCUCUCACUGUCACGUGAUAUACGCAGUGUCUGUGCUCUGCUUUGGCUGACGUGUUAAGAAUAAAGAAAAACCAGGAGGAGCCCAAUGUGAGCAGCUGGAGCUGGGGGUCUGAGGUAUUCACAGGUUUUCUUUUAGGCCAGACCCCCCAGAGUCUGGCGUUCGGUGUUUGUCGUACUUGCUGUUGGCCGAGUGAAGCCCAUUACUGAGACGAUUAGGGCAGUUUGUUUGAGGAGAAUGCAGGUGUUGGUGAGGCGUGUUGCACCACAGUGUUAGUGAAGGCAUGAAGGAUGCUGAGCACGUGCAUAGGAGAUGUGACAGUUGCUUGGGAAAGAUGAAAGGAGGAGGAGAUGAGUGUCUUCUUUUGGAGGACAUGGUACGGCCCACGCACCUGCUCCAAAUAUUAGAGGUGAGGUCACAGGGAUCAGUUCUGCGCAGGCUCUGUGCAGAGCUUCAUACGGCGGUCAGCACAGCAGAGAACCACCCUUUAAGGUUCUGAGUUCUUGAGAUGUUGUUGAGUGAAGGGCAUCUUCAAUCACAUACUGCUCAAUGCUUGAAGUGUUAGUAUGCACCUACAUAAUAUGAACAUCUCUCUCUCUCUCUCUCUCUCUCUCUCUCACACACACACACACACUUGCAUGCACACAGGCACUUACAUUUACACUUACACACUUAUGCACAUACGCAAACACAUACACACGUUCCUUGUAGCCAUUGUCUUCUCAAAGUCACACACUCCCUCACAUUACAUAUGAGUGAAUAAAAAUAUGCCCUUUGAAAUCUGAGGAUUCUAGAUGUGGUCCCUUCCAGGAUGGUGAUUGGCCGUAGCUCUGAAUGCACCCAGUGAAAGCAGUUGUGGAUUGUACCAUUUCUUCAAGGGGGGGGGAAUUACCUGGUGUGUCUGCUGAGGAGACUUGACUGUUGAUUUUCAGAGAACCCCUCCAUCCCCAGCCCCCCACCCUUUGGAGACAUGCAGUAAGUGAGCGGGAAAAGCGGGUUUGGAGGCCUUGCGUUGGCGGGCUGAGUCAGCAGGUGGGCAGGCAGACGGGCGUGGAAUUUCCACCCGCCAGUGCCUCACUGCGGGCGAUGAACUUAAGUGGAAAUGACGUAUUGCUGACCGUCACGUUUGUUUCGUCUUUCACGGCUUGAAAGGCGAGCUGGUACCCUUCCGAUGGCUGCCUGCUUCCUCCUCUGGCAUUGUACUGUAGCUUUGUAUUUCUUGCUUCCUCUUUAUGGAAAAAAAUAUGUGUCUUGGUAAAUAGUGUGGAUGUAUGCUUUAAAAUAAUGACAAUAAAAAGGAAAAAAAAAAGCUGUGAUAAAUGAGUAAGGCUCAACCCCCAUUCAAUCCCUGAGGUUCCUCCUACUAAAAGGGUCACCCACGCCACAGAAAACCUGAAAGGUUCCAUACUGUAGUGUAUAUACGUAAAAACAGAGACAUGGCGACAUACAGCACAUGUUUCCUUGGACAUCAGUGUCUUAGAAUAAAGCUGUACUUUUUCUUUCCAGUGUUCUCAGAGUUGCCAUGGAGAAAUCCCAAGCUCUGUUUCUGUGUUUUCCAGUUUUCUGUAGAAUAAGUGCUCUUUAUGGCUGCAGAAACCUCAGAGGAUGUAGGGGGCGGGCCCUGCCAUAGGAUUGGCUGUGUGUGGCCACUAAAAGUGGUUGUAUUUGAAUUAAAGGGAGGGGAAGUACUGCAGCAGUGUUGUAUUGGCUGAAAGACACAUGCUUCUAGUGGAGACUGACAGAGUGGAAUAAAAAUAGACUUGAGACCUUA